GUUUUGAAUUUUCGAAUAAACCAGUUAGAUAAAUGGACUUCUGUCACCCUUUCUCAUCUAGCCACAAAUGAUUUACACUUAAAUAAUCGACCAAUAUAAUAAGCUCAUUUUUUCUUUCUGUUAUUUGUAUUUCAAUUGCUGCUGAUUCAUUCCUCAAAGUUUAGCCAUGGCGAAGAAACCAGUCAGAUACUGCGUGGUCGAUGCAUUUACUGAUUCGGCAUUCAAGGGUAAUCCGGCAGCAGUGUGCCUGCUGGAGGAGGAGAGAGAGGAGGAGUGGCUGCAAGCGGUGGCGCGUGAGUUCAACAUAUCCGAGACCUGCUACUUGACUCGCCUCUCCGACUCAGCUGGUGGCGCCCCGGGGUUCCGUCUCCGCUGGUUCACACCUGUUGCUGAGGUCAAUCUUUGUGGACAUGCAACAUUAGCUGCGGCUCACUUUCUCUUUGCAUAUGACUUGGUGAACUCUGAUACGAUUGAGUUCUCAACCCUGUCUGGGAUUCUGACAGCAAAAAGAGUAGCUGACACCAAAUUGUCAGAUUCAUCCAUAUCGGUGAAUGGUAACACGCCUAAUGACUUCCUCAUUGAACUGGAUUUUCCAGUUGUCCCCAUAGAGGAAUAUGAUGGUGAUGGUGCUGCUGAGAUUUCAACUAUUUGUAAAAGCAUCAACAUUGCUUCUGUGGAUGAGAUCCACAAAACAACUACGUCAGAUGAUCUCCUCGUUGUGCUAAAAUCUGGCAAGGCGGUUGUAGAAAUAGAACCCAACUUUGAUGAGAUUAAAAAAUGUCCUGGCAAGGGAAUAAUUGUUACUGGGCUUGCUCCAACAGGCUCAGGAUUUGAUUUUUUCAGUCGCUUUUUCUGCCCUAAGCUCGGGGUGAAUGAGGAUCCUGUAUGUGGAAGCGCACAUUGUGCUAUGGUGCCCUACUGGAGCAAGAAGCUGGGGAAAUGCGAUUUCAUCGCGUAUCAAGCAUCACCAAGAAGUGGCAUUCUAAAUCUGCAUCUUGAUGAGAAGAAUCAGAGGGUGUUGCUUCGAGGCAAAGCCGUCGCGGUGAUGGAAGGCUCUCUUCUGGUUUAAAUCAGAGUGCCACCGAAUAAGUUUCUUGGUCUGUACUCUAUGCUAAUUGUUGUGUGAUGAAAGGCUCUCUUCUGGUUUAAAUCAGAGAAGGCCACUGAAUAAGUUUCUUGGUCUGUACUCUAUGCUAAUUUUUGUGUGAAGUAUAACAGAAUUUCAGUUUUCCCAUA